GCUGACUCUGACUUUGGGGUUUGGCACUGUCUCACUCCGACAUUCCCCUUUCUAAUUUUUGAAACCCUAGUUUUCACUUCUCACUCCCAAAAUCAAUCACCGUUGCUGGAAUCGUGAUGCUCGUACGGUAACAAUACAGGCAAAGCAGUCUUCGACGAUGAAGGAGCCUCCCUCUAAGCGCCCCAGGAUCGUUAGAGGAGAUGAUGACUAUAUGCCUGGAAACAUAAUUGAGAUAGAGCUUCAUAAUUUUAUGACAUUCAGUCAUUUGACAUGCAAACCCGGACCUCGACUGAACCUUGUAAUUGGACCAAAUGGAUCUGGAAAAAGCUCCCUUGUAUGUGCCAUUGCACUUGGACUUGUUGGUGAGCCUUCGCUGCUUGGGAGGGCAACAAGUGUUGGUGCAUAUGUGAAGCGUGGAGAGGAAUCUGGAUAUACUAAGAUUACCUUGCGAGGGGCCACUAAAGAGGAACGUAUUACCAUUAUGCGAAAAAUGGAUGCACGUAACAAGUCUGAGUGGUUGUUAAAUGGAAAAGUGGUGCCUAAGAAGGAUAUUGCUGAUAUAACUAAAAGGUUCAACAUCCAAGUCAGCAAUUUGACUCAGUUUCUGCCGCAAGACAGAGUCUGCGAAUUUGCCAAGUUAUCUCCUGUAGAACUUCUUGAAGAGACUGAGAAGGCUGUUGGCGAUCCUCAACUUCCAAUUCGGCAUCGUGCACUAAUAGAAAAAAGUAAGGAAGUGAAGAAUUUAGAGCGAGCUAUUGAGACAAAUGAAAAAACUUUGGAUCAGCAUAAGGCAUAUAUUGCUGAACAACAAAGAGAGGUUGAGCGAGUUCGUCAAAGAGAACAACUUCUAGUCAAGGCUGAGACCAUGAAAAAGAAAGUGCCAUGGCUAAAGUAUGACAUGAUGAAGGCAGAAUAUUUGGAAGCCAAGGAAAAGGAGAAAGAUGCAAAGAAAAAGCUGGAUGAAGCUGCAAAAUUACUGAAGAAUCUUGAAGAACCUAUUGUGAGAAAAAAGAAAGAGAAAGGUAAUCUUAAUGCCAAAGUUGAAAAGAUGGCUGGUCGCAUUGAUGUUAAUGCCCAAAAGCGUAUCACUACUCUCGGGGAGGCAGAAUCCUGGGGUGUGAAAGUGCAAGGGAGUUACGAAGCAAUGGAAAACUUGAAGAGAGAUGAAGAAUCUCGCCAACAAAGAAUCUUAAAAGCCAAGGAAGAGCUUGCUGCUGCUGAAUUGGAACUUGAAAAUAUGCCUCCUUACGAACCUCCUAAGGAUGAAAUUGAAACAUUGCGCAGUCAAAUAUCUGACCUACACGUUUCUGCGGCUGAAAAAAGGCGUCGUAAACAAGAGAAGGAAAAACUUUUGUUUCAAAAAAAUCAAGCUCUUAAAGAGUACCAGCACAGGUUAAAACAAAUUCAGGGAAAAAAUAUGAAACUUCUGCAAGCAUUGAAAAGUUCUGGAAGUCACAAAAUAUUUGAAGCUUAUGAUUGGGUGCAAAGUCAUCGCGAAGAUUUUAAAAAGGAAGUUUAUGGUCCUGUGCUGUUGGAGGUUAAUGUACCAGAGCAAAUUCACACCAACUACUUAGAAGGUCAUGUUCCUAGCUACAUCUGGAAGUCUUUCAUAACUCAAGAUCCUCACGACCGAGAUCUUUUAGUCAAAAACUUAAAGUCAUUUGGUGUUCCCACAUUAAAUUAUGUGGCAGGCAAACAUUUUUCCGCUGAUCCAUAUCAGAUUUCUGAGCAGCAGAUGCGUGAACUUGGGAUAUGUUCACGACUAGACCAAGUAUUUGAUGCUCCUUUUGCCGUCAGGGAGGUUUUGACUUCCCAAUGCCGAUUGGAUAAAUCAUAUAUUGGGUCAAAGGAAACUGAUCUCAAGGCUGAUGAGGUCUCAAAGCUUGGAAUUUUUGAUUGCUGGACUCCAGAGAAUCACUACCGGUGGUCUAGAUCUAGAUAUGGGGGUCAUGUUGCUGCAACUGUAGAUACGGUGGUUCCAUCACGACUUUUUUUAUGUAGUUUAGAUGUUAAGGAAAUAGAGAGGCUCAAUGCCAAGAUAAUGGAGCUAGAAGAAGAUAUGACAUCCUUAGAAGGAAGUGUUCGAUCACUUCAGUCUGAGCAAAGGCACAUAGAUGAUGAAGCUGCUAGACUUGAAAAAGAACGGGAGGAGAUCAUAAAAAUUGCACAACAUGAAUCAAGAAAGCGGCGUGAAAUGCAAAACCGUAUUGAUCAAAAGAAACAGAAAUUAAAAUCACUGGAGAAGGAAGACGACUUGGACACUCGUAUGGCCGGACUAAUUGACCAGUGUGCAAAAUAUAAUGAGAGUCGCUUCAAAUGUGUUAUGAAAUUUAAGGAUCUAGUUGUUGAAUCCGUUAUGCUCAGACAGACUCUUGCUAUAAAUCGUAUGGCCGUCGUUGAAUUUGAUGCAAAGAUUAGAGAAUUGGAGGUCAAUUUCAAGCUAAAUGAAAAAUCUUCUCUUCAAGCAACAAUGCAUUAUGAAGAUUGUAAAAAUGCAGUUCGUGAUUGUCAAGAGAAACUUUCAGCUGCCAAGAGGCAUGCAGAGUCGGUUGCUGUGCUUACUCCUGAGCUUGGAAAGGAAUUUCUUGAGAUGCCAACGACAAUUGAGGAAUUGGAAGCUGCUAUUCAAGAUAAUAUUUCUCAAGCCAAUGCUAUUUUUUCCUUGAACCGCAAUGUACUGGAGGAGUACGAACACCGCCAACGUCAGAUUGCAGCUGUUUCAACAAAAUUAGAAGCAGACAGAUUGAAGCUACAGAUGCAAAAAGAUGAAAUAGAGGAGUUGAAGGAGAGUUGGCUUCCUACAUUGAGAAACCUUGUUGCUCAGAUAAAUGAGACGUUCAGUCGUAACUUCCAAGAGAUGGCUGUUGCAGGCGAAGUUUCUUUAGAGGAGCAUGACAUGGACUUUGAACAGUUUGGUAUACUGAUAAAAGUAAAGUUCAGACAAGCGGGAGAGCUUAAAGUUCUUAGCGCACACCAUCAGUCCGGAGGGGAGCGUUCAGUGUCAACUAUACUUUAUCUUGUUUCUCUCCAAGACCUUACACAUUGCCCGUUUAGGGUGGUUGAUGAGAUAAAUCAAGGGAUGGAUCCCAUAAAUGAAAGAAAAAUGUUUCAGCAGCUAGUUAGGGCUGCAAGCCAGCCAAAUACGCCACAGUGUUUCUUGCUUACCCCCAAGUUGCUACCGGAACUAGAGUACAGCGAAGCAUGCAGCAUUCUAAAUAUAAUGAAUGGUCCCUGGAUUGAGCAGCCGUCUGAAGCUUGGAGUGGUGGAGAAUGCUGGAGAAAUGUGGCACGCGUUCUGGCAUAGUAGAAGAAUGUUUAUAUCAAAAUCACUAACUAACUGGCUUGGGCUUCUCUACUGGGAAGUUAACGUUAUUGUAUCAGAACUAAUUUUUGGUACAAAAUGUUGAAUCAUAUCUUGGCCCUUUUUUGUAAAUCUCUCAUGCUGAAAAGUUAACGUUAUUGUCUCAGAACUGAUUUGUGGUUCAAUAUGUUAAAUCAUUUCUGGGCCUUUUUUGUAAAUCGUCCAACUUUAUCAUUGUUUGUACAGACUUCAACUGUGAGCUUAUGUUAUUUUAUCGUAAAAUUUAAACUAAA